UCCAGCGGGUGUCAGCGGGGAGUCAUGAAGAGGAGUGGCACACCAGUGUGGGACAGAAGGAGCUACAGGCCCCCUCCCACAUUAAAGAGGAGCAGCUUCAUGAUGAAGAUGAAGCUCAGUCCUUACAGCUUCAUCACAGUCAAAGUGAGGAGAACAGAGGGGCGGAGCUUGUAAGUCAACACAUCACAGAAGCUGAUGGAGAGCAUUGUGAAGAUAUCAAGUCAGAACCAGACAGCAUCUUUGCUCCACUGUCAGACAUGGACCACAUGAUGUCACACUCUUCUGAUCACAGUGACCACAUCCAAAAACCUUUGGAGAGUAAAAAUGACUCUAAAGGUGAUACGAGACAUCACACUAACAACAAACACUUUGACUGCUCUGAAUGUGGGAAAUCAUUUAGAAAGAAGAGUCAUUUUACAGAACACAUGAGAACACAUACUGGAGAGAAACCUUUUACUUGCUCAGCUUGUGCUAAAAGAUUCAACACUAAGAAGGAAAUGAUAUUACACAUGAGAACACACACAGGUGAGCAAUCUUUUGCUUGCUCUGUUUGUAAGAAGAGUUUCUCCAGAAAGGAACACAUGACCACACACAUGAGAACACACACUGGAGAGAAACCUUUUACUUGCUCUGUUUGUAAGAAGAGUUUCUCCAGAAAGGGUGACAUGACCACACACAUGAGAACACACACUGGAGAGAAACCUUAUGCUUGCUCAGCUUGUGCUAAAAGAUUCAACACUAAGAAAGUCAUGAUCACACACAUGAGAACACACACAGGUGAGAAACCUUUUACUUGCUCUGUUUGUAAGAAGAGUUUCUCCAGAAAGGGUGACAUGACCACACACAUGAGAACACACACUGGAGAGAAACCUUUUGCUUGCUCAGCUUGUGCUGAAAGUUUCAACACUAAGAAGGAACUUAUAUUACAUGUGAGAACACACACAGGUGGUAAACCUUUUACUUGCGCCGUUUGUAAGAAGAGUUUCUCCAGAAAGUGUAACAUGACCACACACAUGAGAACACACACUGGAGAGAGACCUUUUGUUUGCUCAGCUUGUGCUAAAAGAUUCAACACUAAGAAGGAAAUGAUAUUACACAUGAGGACACACACAGGUGAGAAACCCUUUGCUUGCUCUGUUUGUAAGAAGAUUUUCUCCAGAAAGGAACACAUGACCACACACAUGAGAACACACACUGGAGAGAAACCUUUUGCUUGCUCAGCUUGUGCUGAAAGUUUCAACACUAAGAAGGAACUUAUAUUACAUGUGAGAACACACACAGGUGGUAAACCUUUUACUUGCGCCGUUUGUAAGAAGAGUUUCUCCAGAAAGGAACACAUGACCAGACACAUGAGAACACACACUGGAGAGAGACCUUUUGUUUGCUCAGCUUGUGCUAAAAGAUUCAACACUAAGAAGGAAAUGAUAUUACACAUGAGGACACACACAGGUGAGAAACCCUUUGCUUGCUCUGUUUGUAAGAGGAUUUUCUCCAGAAAGGAACACAUGACCACACACAUGAGAACACACACUGGAGAGAAACCUUUUACUUGCUCUGUUUGUAAGAAGAGUUUCUCCAGAAAGGGUGACAUGACCAUACACAUGAGAACACACACUGGAGAGAAACCUUUUGCUUGCUCAGCUUGUGAUAAAAGAUUCAACACUAAAAAGAAAAAUAUAUUACACAUGAGAACACACACUGGAGAGAAACCUUUUGCUUGCUCAGCUUGCGCUAAAAGAUUCAACACUAAGAUUGAAAUGAUGUUACACAUGAGAACACACACAGGUGAGAAACCUUUUUCUUGCUCUGUUUGUAAGAAGAGUUUCUCCAGAAAAGAACACAUGACCACACACAUGAGAACACACACUGGAGAGAAACCUUAUACUUGCUCUGUUUGUAAGAAGAGUUUCUCCAGAAAGGGUGACAUGACCAUACACAUGAGAACACACACUGGAGAGAAACCUUUUGCUUGCUCAGCUUGUGCUAAAAGAUUCAACACUAAGAAGAAAAUUAUAUUACACAUGAGAACACACUCAGGUGAGAAACCUUUUACUUGCUCUGUUUGUAAGAAGAGUUUCUCCAGAAAGGAACACAUGACUACACACAUGAGAACACACACUGGAGAGAAACCUUUUACUUGCUCUGUUUGUAAGAAGAGUUUCUCCAGAAAGGGUGACAUGACCAUACACAUGAGAACACACACUGGAGAGAAACCUUUUGCUUGCUCAGCUUGUGCUAAAAGAUUCAACACUAAGAAGAAAAUUAUAUUACACAUGAGAACACACACUGAAAAGAAACCUUUUGCUUGCUCAGUGUUAGAAUAAUUAUGUAUAUAUUAUCACACUAACUUUAGUAUCCUUAAAGUCUGUUGCUUUAGUUAUUAGUUAUUGUGCUCAAGUUAGACUUUUCUAUUUGUGCAAGGACAAAAACUUCUUGUCUGAGGGGUGGCCUCAGCCACAGAUGUUAUCUUUGUUUUAGCCCGCUAACAGCCAAGGACUUCAAGGACCUCAACGAAGAUAAGACGACAACACGCAGACGAAGCAGAGACUUUAAGGACCUCAAUGAAGAUAAGAUGACAACAUGCAGACAAAGCGGAGACAAGGCGAAAUCACAAGGCCCCCACCACAUUCUGUCACGUAUUGUGCGUCCUGGACCUGCUUUGCAUAAAAUAUGUGACCACUCUUUUUAGAGGCGG